CAGGAGAGCGAGAGACCAGCCAGUUCUUCUAGAGAUAAAGAUCUCUGUACAAAGAUCUCCUCCUGUGAUCAUCUCACAUCUUCUACUGAACUCCAACAUCAAGUUCCAGCAGCUUGUGGUCUUCUGGUAGAUUUCUGCUCUCCAUCACAUCAUACAUACAUCAAACCAUCCUCACACACUCCACAAACUCCCCCAACGUUUGUCAGGAUGAAGCUCCUCGCUUUGGUGCUUUUGCUCUCCUCUUUCUCCUCACUGACCGUGAUGGAGGUUGUUAAAUCUUUUAAGAAUGUAUGUAGUGACUUCUUCAUCCAUACAGCAAAUGACAUCAUCAUCCCCACUAUCUUCCCUGGACAUCAGUAUAAGAUGAUUUGCCAGCGCUGGAAAGACAAAUACAGGUUUGCUACCGUGUACGACACUGUGAGGAGGAUCCCUGUUUACUCGGCUUACACAUUCUUACAGGCAGGAACGACUGUCCGCAGAAAUAGUUGGAAAUUUGAACCACAGCUGGAAAAUAUUAAAAAAUAUAAAGACAAGAAAGAGAUGAUUGUAUCCCCGACAAAAAAAGGACAGAUAGUUAACCAGGCCGUGAACUCUGAUUAUUCAGAUACAGUGUUUACUAGAGGUCACUUGUUUCCAUGCCAGUUUGCUGCUGAUCAGGAUCAAGCAGAUUCCACCUUCACUUUAACUAACGCAGCUCCACAAACACAGAGCAGCAACCAAAAUUGGGAUAAAUGUGUGGAGACCCCGAUGCUUAAUGAAAUUAACCAAGACUGCAUACUCAACCAAAAUCACCAGGCGUACAUUGUGACCGGAGUCGUCCCAGGGAAGAACUGGAUACCCAUAACAAGAAAAGGAAAAGAAUAUCAGAAAGGAAUUAAUAUUCCCAGUCAUUUUUGGAGCGCUUACUGUUGCACCAGUAACAAAGGACAACUCGUAGCGAGGGCCUACAUCGCUGAGCAGGAGAACUUUAAAGUCAAACACUCCAACAUUCAGGACCUGAAUACUGAGCUCACUGAUCUGUAUAAUGAGAUACCUUUUAAUGUAUUUCCAGGAAUAGACUGUAACGAACGUAAAUAAUAAAGCUGAUUAAAUAUUAUGCAGCAAAACACAAUGAAAAUUCUCUAUUAUCAAAAAAAUUCUUAUUUUUAAAUGUAGUAAUUUGAGGCCUUUAUUUACGUCUGCUUUCACAGUCAGAUGCACGUCACAGAGAACUGUACAGGAAGUCGACAUCUGGAUUACUGACAAUAACAUAUCAGGAAGCUAGGCUAGUGCGUUAUUAUGGUUAGUUAUGUGUGUGUGUGUGUGUGUGUGUGUGUGUGUGUGUGUGUGUGUGUGUGUGUGUGUGUGUGUGUGUGUGUGUCUGUUAGAACCAGCAACUUUCCAGUUAGAAACGUGUCAAAGCAGCGUAAAAAUAUAUCACUUUGUUGAGCUUCUUUUUCUCUUUUGUGGAAAAUAAUCUUAAAAAUAAUAAAACUCUGGUUAGUUUGAUUUUCUUGCAAUUAAAGCUUACUAUAAAUUAUGUGCAAAUAUUAUGUUAAAAACCUGAAGUACAUUUAUCUCUGUUAAUUCUC